AUGGGAUAGAAUGAGAAACAAAGCAGCGGAACUGGCUUUAAAUCCAGGGUUUAAUUUGAAGGGCCCUUAGUCUAUGGAUACUCAUGUUUCUCGUUAGCCCCCAGACAGGUUUACAGGCUUGUUUUUCAAGUUCUACCAAAAGUCUAUUCUGCUUUCCAGAUUAACUCGCCGCGUUGGUAGGAAAACCACUAGCACCCGGAAAUGCGCCACUUUCUUCGGGUUCCCAUAAGUCAAAGCCACCGGCAAAUUGGAAUGUGAAUGAUCUGAAUUCAGAGACCGGUCUAAAGAGUGGCUCGACAGGGCAACAUACGACCAUUUAGGCUACCUUUGGGCAGAAUCAGGUGCGCUUUAACUUUUUAAUUUCCUCAAAUUCCGAAUAACUUUUUGUUAGGUUUCAGUUCAUUUUUAUUCAUCAGCAGCAUCUAUUUACGGGAAAAUUCAGAGAUGGCCAGCCAGAGCGAGGUGAUUGACAGGUUGAGGGCUACGUUCCGCUCAGGCGUGACCUUUCCAGAGCAGUUCCGUAUGACCCAGCUCCAGAACCUUCUCUCCCUGGUUGAAGAAAACGAGCAGCUGAUACAAGAUGCUCUCCACAAGGACCUCCAUAAGCCCAAGUUUGAGUCGGUCCUGUCAGAGAUUCAGAUAACCCUGAAUGACCUGUACUUCGCCAUGGAAAACCUCAGGACCUGGAUGCAGCCGGAAUACAACAUUGGCAAGAAUCUGGCCACUAGGAUGGAUGACUGUUUCAUACGCAGGGAACCCUUGGGGGUAGUUUUAAUCAUCGGGGCGUGGAACUACCCUCUACAUCUUAUUCUCUUACCUUUGGUUGCUGCAAUUGCUGCAGGAAACUGUGCCAUUCUGAAGCCGUCAGAGAUCUGUCAGGCCACCGAGCAACUCCUGGCAGAACUCAUCCCCAAAUACCUGUCUCAGGACUGCUAUGCAGUACUAUGUGGUGGAGCAGAGGACACCAAGUCAUUGCUGAAGAAUAAAUUUGAUCACAUCUUCUACACAGGUUCCCAGGGGGUGGCCCGUUCCAUCCUGCUAGCAGCAGCACCUCACCUGACCCCCGUCACCCUGGAGCUGGGUGGCAAGAGCCCCUGCUUCAUCUACGGCCAUAUCGACAUCCAGAAGGCCGCCAAGCGCCUGUGCUGGUCCAAGUUCUUCAACACUGGCCAGAGCUGUGUGGCACCCGACUACGUCCUCUGCACAGCCCAGACCCGGGACGCCCUACUGCCCGCUCUCCGGGAGACCCUGCGGACCUUCUACGGGCCGGACCCCGGAGCGAGCCUGGACAUGGGGCGCAUAGUCACCCCACGCCACUGGAGACGCCUGAUGGACAUGCUGGAGAAGUCCAAGGGGAAGGUGGUGAUCGGAGGGGGGAGCCGCGAGGAGGACAGGUAUAUUGCUCCCACAGUGUUGGUGGACGUGCAGGAGUCUGAUGCUCUAAUGCAGGAGGAGAUCUUUGGCCCCAUCCUGCCCAUCCUAACCAUAGAGUCUCUGGAGGAGGGCAUAGACUACAUCAACCGGCAAGAGAAACCCCUGGCCCUCUAUGUCUUCUCUGACGAGACCUCGGUAGUGACCACAGUGUUGAACAACACCAGUAGUGGUGGUUUCUGCGGCAAUGAUGGUAUAGUACACAUGGCCUUGCCAGGCCUGCCCUUUGGGGGAGUAGGUGCCAGUGGGAUGGGUAGCUACCACGGCCGCUGGGGCUUUGAGACAUUCAGCCACAGGCGGGGUUGUAUGAACCGGAGCUGGUUGCUGGAGAGGGUCAACGUCCUGCGCUACCCGCCCUACAGCGACUACAACCUGGGCUGGUUGCGCUGGGCCACCACCUUCAAGAAGAACAGCUGGGGAGGCUGCUCAGUCAUGUGAGAGUGGCACCCGGUGCGUGCCUGACUGUACUUCCAAAGCCGAUGGGCUUUUCUUAAAGGUCCAAUGCAGCUGUUUUUAUCUCAAUGUCAAAUCAUUUUGGGGUAACAAUUAAGUCCCACCUUCCCACCUAAACGGGCUGAAAUUUCAGGCGGUCUUUUUAAACUGCUCUUUCACUAAAAGGGUAUUGUCAUUGUUCACAGUAUUAUUCCUCCAACAUAGUGUGGAAAUGUAUAAAACACAGAAGAAAAAAAAAAAAAUGACUGCACUGGGCCUUUAAAGUCUGUCCAGUGUUCCAGAUUUCUAUUAAAUAAUUUACCUAAAAUUCAAAAAAUAUAAUUAAGGAUGUUAAAAAACCAGGGUUUCUCUGUUCCCUGCUUUGCCUGAUUGGAAACAGUGGUUGGGUGUAUACUGGUAGAACAAAAAGCUGACAUGCCAGAUCAGCCAAUGAAAUGCACAAACACUUGGAUAUUCAAAUGAACUACCAACUCCAUGUGGAGCAGUGCUGUACGCACUGCCUAGUACACUUGCCUUCUUUUUUUGGGUGGCCUUGGCUGUGUAUACAUUGCCUGCCCUGUCCACUAAGAAUCCAGAUCACGUUCUGCACAUGUUAUUUUACGCACACUACAUAACUGCUCACACUCUCCUUCCUUUACGUUUCUCUUUACUCACCCUCUUCUGAACUAUGAUACUAUGAUUCCUAUCUCUGCCUUAUGUUUCUGAACAGCUGAAAUAAAAUUAAAACUGCUGCAAUUUGAUUGAACAUUCCCCAAAAUAUUGUUAAUGCAACUCCCCACUUGAGUUUUGCAUACGAACUCUCUGCGUUUUCCACACACAGGCCCUACUAACUGCUAUUUUGCUUUUCAAUUAUCAUGCAAGUACAGCAUGAGUAGCGGUUCCACCUCUAGGCAGCCGAGCGUGUGAAUCCGGACUGGUAACCUCAGUCUGACAAUGGGCGAGUUCGUUCUGUGGUGACCGUGUGCUAUUGCCUCAUAUUGUUUGUCAACUACUGCCUACUAUACUGAACAAAAAUAUAAAUGCAACAAUUUAAACAAUUUUACUGAUUUACAGUUCAUAUAAGGAAAUCAGUCAACUGAGAAAUUCCUUAAACCUUAAUCUAUGGAUUUCACAUGACUGGAGGGCAUAUGCCCACCCACUUGGGAGCCAGGCCCAGCCCAUCAGAAUGAGUAUUUCCCCACAAAAGGGCUUUAUUAUUGACAAAUACUCUGCAGUUUAUCAGCUGACUGGUCCUGGGCUGGUUACACUGCGGUUGAAUGUACUACCAAAUUCUCUAAAAUGACAUAUGGUAAAUAGAUUAACAUUAUAUUUUCUGGAAACCGCUCUGGUGGACAUCUUCCUUGUGUUUGAUGUACUGUUACAACAGACCACAAGUUUGCACAAACAUGUCGAUCAUGUUUUCUGUGUACAACAUGACAGCUGCAUGUUAGCCUUAACACCCCUCCUGAAAAAAGAACAUUGAAAUUGCACUUGAGGCAUGGAAUGCAUAGUUUGAACAUGCCCACCAUAUCUUUAGUGUACAACACAAUGUUUCCCCCUCCAUGUUAAGGAGGAAGGAGCGGCAGCAGAGCAUGUUAACUUACUGCUUCUAAACAGCCAGCAGGCCAACUUACAAACCCCAGAUUUUGAAAUGGAAGUGACUGAGUUGUUGUAUAGGCUUACUCCUUUUUCCUAACACAACCUGUGGAUUGCUUGGCUUGUGUGCUGCAGUGUGUCCUCUCCAUUAACUGUUUCAGUGGGCCUGUUUGGUUUGAGUACUUGAAAAGGCUGUACUUGUAUAGGGCUAUUGAGUCAGCAGAAAAGAGCUGUGAGAAAAGGGGAAAGAGGUGCUACCUGUGGUUCUGGUUGAACCAGGUUAUUCAAGGGAGGGACACGGGCUGCAUCUCAAUAGUCUUGAUUUGGCUUCCUUCCCUUAUCUCUCCUUUACCACAAACUGGCAAGGUGAAAGUAAUGUGGUAGAUGCCAAUGGCUUUCACCUGUCCUGUUCUUUCAAAUCUUUGCAGCUGAUGGGAAGGAGAGCCGCUAUUGCAAUCCACCCAGGGUGUGGUUUCAGUUCUGUGUGUUCACUGCUACAUCACAAUGGUCUAAAACUGUUUCUUCCACUUGUCUUGCUUUGACCCAUCAGAUCAGAAUAGAUGAGUGGAAGCCACUAUAUUGAAAUGUUUCCCCAGAUUUUGAAAUGCACUGGCUACCAGGGUCUGGAGAGGUAAAGGGUUUUUAGCACUGUUGCACAAUACCCCCAUUGUUUACCAUGGGGUUAGUAUAGUUCACAGAAUGGUCUUAUGUAACAAUUUUACUGGGUUUUGUUAGACGCUGUGUGACAUUAGGUGGUGGGUGUUUUUUUAUUUUAAAAGUUUUGUUCAGAAGACAUUAACUAAUAAAACCUUACUUUACA